GACUGUCAACAAUACAUCAGCCACGGCAUGCUUAGCUUUUUGCUCGAAAAGUGGGAUAACUACAGCAUUGUCCUCGCCUUAAGGGGCUUCACCUAUGUUGCGCCAUAUGUUAUUGAGACCAGCCUUGACACCAUACCGAUACUACCAAAGACUGACCACUUCAGGCUCAAGCACGACGCAGUAUAUAGCACCAGCGACUUUGACACCCUGCUCUCGCAGCGUCCCGGUGUGACUAAGGAGAUGGAAGAAUAUUUUUCCCAGCUCAUGUCAUUGGUGCGAAACCAGGUGACACUACAGACGGGGCACAAGGAGAAGACAAUAGAGAUGCCUUACAGCUUGGGUGUUGACGCAGCGCGCUCGUUCGCCGAAGACGUGGCGUUGUCGGAUUUUACUUAG